UUGGCUGCGUCUGAGUGGUCCAUCACUGACAGAAAUCGAAAGGCUUCUUAAAGUGCAAAUGGAUUUUUCACUAAAUUAGGUAGACAACAAGAACACGGUACUCGUUCAACUAAGAUAAAACUAUUAAUUAUUUAAUUAUCAAUUAAAUUAAAAUGCAGCUAGCCAAAAAAGCUUUACCUACGGUAUACUGAUACAUCAUGUGCUUCUAGCUUGAAAAGCUCUUAUUUCCGGUAGCACUUGAAGGCAGCAGUCGCGUUUGCAGAACUCGUGUUGAGAGAGCGGACCGAGUCACCACCAACAUGAGUGCGGAUAAGUUAAGCAUGUUCAUCCCGUUCACAUAGCAGUUACCCCCGGUCUGCCUGUCAGAAACUGCCUGUCAUUGUCACAGCACAUGCUUGUUGGGUUUCCACAGGAACCAAAUGGAGCUGGAAGACCAAUGGUGGAGAGGACAGCUGGCCACAGAUAUUUACCAGGUGCUAAGAUUUAAAGAGCUUAAGUUGCCCACCUAUAAGGGCCAUUCCCCUCAGUUGAAUUUGAGGCGAUACUAUACAGACCUCAUAGCAGUCAUCAGCAACCACUUCAGGCUGUGUCCUACUGCCAGACACCUGGCUGUCUACCUACUGGAUCUCUUCAUGGACCGCUAUGAUGUCACAGAGCAGCAGCUUGCCGUUGUCUCACUCUCUUGUCUUCUCCUAGCCAGUAAGUUUGAAGAAAGGGAAGAUCGUGUUCCAAAGCUGGAGACACUGAACAGCUUGGGCUGCAUAAGUACUAUGAACCUGGUCCUGACCAAACAGAGUUUACUGCACAUGGAGCUGCUGUUGUUAGAAACUUUCCAGUGGAACCUGUACCUGCCCACAGCGGCUCAUUUCAUCGAAUACUGCCUGUCUAUUGCUGUUCAUGAAGGAGACCUUCACGAUGGCUGGCCUUUGACCUGCCUAGAAAAAUCCAAAAUAUAUUUGGCCAAAUAUGCAGAAUAUUUCCUGGAGGUUUCCCUUCAAGACCAUGUGUUUUUGUGUUUUGCUCCCUCUCUAUUGGCUGCUGCGUGUGUUUCUGCCUCCCGCCUCGUCCUCCACCUGUCCCCUACGUGGCCACCACAGCUGCAGUGCCUCACAGGCUACACAUGGGAAAACCUUGUUCCAUGUGCUGAGAAGCUACUCAUCGCACAUGACAGUGAUGUCAAAGAGGCAAACAAGCAGAAGUCUCAGCAGCAGCAGCAGCAGAUGGGGUUCCACAGUUCAGGCCAGACAGGCACUGUGACCCAGUACUUGCAGCGGUCCAGUGCACAGUUUUCCCAACAAGCCAACCACAGGCCGAGCACCUACCUCAAUCACUCAAGUUCCACUGGCCUGCAGCCUUCCAACAACAUCCAGCACCCCUCUGCCUCACUCGAUCCAAAGUCCAACAUUGCCAACAGGGCUUACCAAGUCAACAUGCACUACUCCUGCGCUGCCCCAUAUUUUGAAAAAUGAUGGAUUAUGGCCAUUCAUAGUCUAGAGGGGAAAGGAAAAUUUAUUUUCUGUGUUUUUAUUUUAAAUAGACUUGGUAGAGUUGAGUGGCGCAAUAGAGAAUGUAUGGAUGGCUGUAAGGUGGUGCAGCACUUUACCAUUACUUUAUGUGUAAACCCAGUGCAAUAUGCAUUCUGUGGAGAGCCUGCAUGAAAAUUAGAUAUUUUUCCCUAGAAGUUUCUGAGACCUGAAAAGAGUGUUUGCUGACAGGUGACUAGAGGCAGAGUGCCGACACUGCGCUGACUAUUGUUACUGUAUGCUAAAACUACAGACCAAAUGUCGUGUAAUUAACUGAGCCAAGAAGCUCAGGAGUAUUGAACCCGUUUGCGUUGGUUCUCAAGUUUUCAGGGUCUUUUCUAUUUGAGUAAAGGUCAGGAUUUAUGUUUGUGCCUUAAAACUUUUGCGUUGAUGAGCGUCAAUUGUGUAACAAGGAAAGGAUAUACUCUGCGAUGUCACAAUUUAUUUGCGGAAUAAAUUGUUGCUGUUCUGUACACAGUUUAUUUUGGUCAGUGCUGUGCACUUUCACAAUAUUUGUUUUAAAUAAAAU